ACUCUUGCUUCAGAACUUUUGCCCACGUUUCUUCAUUUCCGCUCUACUCUCGUGCUCUCAGACUCACUGUUGCCUUGCGGUCAGCUUUGAGCUUCCUUGGAAAUACUGGCGACAAGGGUUGCGGGAACGAAAUGCGUCGGCAGUGUCUUUCAUUUAACUCGCGCACUAAAUCGUCAUCAUAAUCCUCAAAAUUCAUCCGGAUCGUACAUGCGUCGAUGCUGCUUUUCUACUCUUAGAAGGCCAGAUUUGGCUCUUCCUGUAUCAUCUAAUCCUAUUUAUUAUACCCGUCAUUAUGCUUCUCAUGCUGCAUGUUACGCUCCUUUGACCCCUGAACCGCAAUCAUUGCCCGAGUUCAAUUCUCAGGAAGAAAAACAGUCUGCUGACCCAUUAGACGUUGCUUGUUGCAACUUUGACCAUCUUGCUCUUACGACUCGCUUUGACUGGAGGCUGCGCGCACCUUCUCGACUUCGUGUCGAUCCUCGCAAGACCUCACCUAAGCACCGCCCACGCCGAGGUCCCAAACGCGCCCAACCGCCUCAUGAGAAUCUGCAGCAAGGCAAUCGUUUCUAUGAAGAGCUUCAGGCAUACCAGAAACAUUUCCUUCCGCUCCUCGCAGCUGAACAAGCUGAAGAUGAGGAAGUUCUCAAGGAACGGUUGUCAAGUUGGAGCGAGGAACGUUUAAAGCAGGAAGGCUAUUGCAUAACAGGGCUUUCGGCCUUUUGGUUAGAGAACAAUCACUUCGGACGCCCUGUUGCUUCAUUUGCCCUAGGUCCAGGAAUUACCCUGCCGGAACAUCGCUUUGAGAAUGGCACCCAGGUUCUGUUGACCCGGUUGGAUCCACUGCAGGAGGAACCCGAACGUGGAAGCAUUGUUGGUACGACCGAGACUCAACUGCGAGUUUGUUUCCAAGAAAUGUUCGAUCUGGACGCUGGACAAUGGAGACUUGACGUUGGACGCUCUAGUAUAGUCUUCGACCGCAUGCGUACCGCGAUUUCACAACUCAACCACGACCCUUCACGUCAAGAGAGCCAAACCGGUACAAAUGACUCAGAUCGUCAGUUCAUCUUGCAGGGAACACAUCUUCGUGAUAUUCUUCUUCGGUCGUUUAUACGUACACAGCAAGACUCUGAUGCUCAGUCUGAGCCUGACAGCCAAGAGGAUGUACCAUCUGCGUCAGCUUCUGUUACCCUCAUGGAUCACAGAGGCGUCUUCAAAGAUGAUGUUCGUAUCCAAAGUUGGGCAACACGUUACUCCUCGCCUGACCCAGUAGUCAUCGAGGGAGACCCCAUUCUGAAGGACCUCAAUUCAACUCAAAUUCGGGCUAUUGCUAUGAUGAUCGGUCAACGUUUCACCCUUGUUCAAGGACCCCCCGGAACAGGCAAAACUAAGACCAUCAUCGAGGCUGUUCGUCUUCUCAAGACUCAUUUUGAAGUCUUCCAUCCUAUACUUCUCUGCACCUACACCAAUGUCGCUGUGGACAAUCUCGUCGAAGGUUUGCUCACGACAGGCCUCAAACCCUUACGUAUCGGUUAUGGAGGCAAAGUAAAGGAAUCGCUUCGCGAAACUACUCUCGAAGCCAAGAUCGCCGCGCAUCGGCUCUCCAAGGAUCUCGAAAGAGUUAAUGCACAGACGGAAAUGGUCGAAAAGCGCAGGAAGAAUUUGCUCAUGCGGAUAUCUGAAUUGAGGAGUAAGAAGAUGGCGAGUCUUGCAGGGAGGUUGAUAAACAUGGAGACGGACCUGAUUUGGAUGGAUAGGCAGUUGGCGGCACUGAAAGCAAAGGGCUAUGCGAUUUAUCAAGAAAUGUUGAAGGACAUCGUGUCGGACGCUGAUGUUGUGUGCACGACUUGCGUUACCUCGGCAUCCAUGGCUCUCAACGUGUGUGACUUCCCCGUGGUUUUCGUUGAUGAAGCAUCUAUGUCCACGGAACCUGCCUCUUUGAUUCCGCUCAUGAAAGGCUAAUUCCUAGUCUCAGCAUGUUGCCCUGAUUGGCGACCACAAGCAACUUCCUCCGGUCAUUACGAGCCCAGAAGCACAGGCCAAAGGCCUUGGUAUAAGUCUCUUCGAGCGACUAGCCGAGGAAGGAAUCGUUCCUUCCAUCAUGCUCGACAUCCAGUAUCGCAUGCAUCCUAUGAUCUCACACUUUCCCUCCCAUGAAUUCUACAACUUUGGUCUACGCAAUGGUACCGUCGACGCAACAGGCGCAGUCCCUGCUCAUCUUCUUCCUCCUACUUUCAGUCUCCCUAUGUUUAAUGCCGAUGGGGAGAAUCGACCCUCGGUCAUUUUCUUGGACCAUCAAGGAAUCGAGUCGAUGAAAGAUCGAAGUCGGGUGAAUAUUAACGAAGCGCAUCUGGUUUGCAGUGUCGUGGAAGAUCUGCUCCUUCAAAACGAACAAAUGCGUGGACAUGAUAUCGGUAUCAUCGCACCCUACGUCGCCCAAAUCUCCUUGCUCAAUCGGUUACUCAACAUUGACGCCAAGUAUAAGAAACGUUUCGAGUCUGUCCUGGGCGCGCACCGUGCCAUGCAACUCCCGCACAUUGAAGUCAAGACUGUAGACGGGUUCGAAGGUCGCGAGAAGGACGUCAUUAUCUUCAGUACAGUCCGAAACAACUCCUCGGGUCAUAUCGGUUUCCUUGCGGACCGAAGACGGCUGAACGUUGGGUUGACGAGAGCUAAGAGGGGUUUAUUCGUGUUGGGUAACAUUGAUACUCUCAAAGCUGGGAGGACUGGUAGAGGUGGAAGUUUAGACGUGGCGAGCGCGUUCAUGAAGGUUGGGAAGGGAGCUGAAGCCUGGAGACGCUAUGCCAAGUUCUUAGAUGAUGAGAAGUUGAUAUUGAAGCUACAAGGAGAGCAGUUGAGAAAAGUAUUAUAUGGUAAUUACCCAUUGUAACAUUGAUAUGUUUUCUUGCGUACGUUCACUGUACGUAUGCUUCCGUUGUCAUGUAGAUCUAAUAGUACGUUCUGGGUAUUAUGUUUUUGGACAAUCCCCUCUCUUCAUGGCGCAGUUAUACAACACUACCAUACCCUCAUAUUACAAAGUCUCCGUGAUGUAUUUGCUCUGCAUCCGACAUCCUAAGUUACAUGGUGACAAACACAUUAACGAUACACAUUUGAGCAGGCAUGCUAUAUAUCCCUCCUGGAUUUCAUCUACCCCU